AUUUAAGUUAUUAAAAUAUUUAUACUUUUUUAAAACACUAGAAACAAUGGGAAAGAAAAAAAACUUACUAAAUAAAAAAAACUCCCAAAAGUUUACUCUUGUCCAUCGAAGUCAAAGAGAUCCUCUACAGGCGGACGAAAGUAGCACUCAGAGGGUCCUAAUUCCUAUAAAACAGAGUGAUUCAGUAGAUGAUGAUAAAAUCAAAUACGGAGUCUUCUUUGAUGAUGACUAUGAUUAUAUGCAGCACUUAAGAACCAGACAAGGAGGGGAAAUUAUUUUUGAUUCAACCCUUGAAGAAAUAAAUUAUAAAAAAAAAGAUGAAAAAGUUGCAUUUGGAAAGGUUCUACUCCCCAAAGAAGUGUUACCAUCUAAUUAUGAAGAAAAGGAAGGAAUGUUGAGUAAAGGAAUUUUACCACGUGGACCGCAGCCUGACUGGGAUCCAGAUAUUGUUGCAGCAUUGGAUGAUGAUGUUGAUUUAAAUGAUCCAGAAAACUUUUUGGAAGAUGAUUUUGUAAUUAAAGCAAAUUCUACCAGUUUCGAAAAUUUCAAUGAGGUCAAUAAUGAUGAUGAUGAAGAUUGGGAAACAGAAUCUGAAUUUUCAUAUGAAAGUGAUAUAAAUUCAGAAAAUGCUGAAAUAUCUGAUGGAGAAUUCAAUCAUGAACAAGAUGAUGUCAAAUCUAGAUUUACUAAUUAUUCAAUGACUUCAUCUGUUAUUAGAAGAACAAAUGUUUUAAAAACGCUUGAUGACCAUUUUGAAAAAAUUAUGGAAGAGUAUGAUGAAAAUAAUAUUGGUUGUAUUGAUAAUGAGGAUGUUUCAGGUAACGCUACAGUUAAUAAUGACUUAAUCAAGCACACAAUCGAGGAGUUUCUUAAAAGUCAAAAAAAGUGUGAUUUAGCUGAUGUCUUAACUAAAGAAAAUGAGAAAAUUAUGUACAGUGACACUGAUAGUGAAAUUGAAGAUGAAGAACUUUUUAAGCAGUUUGAUAAAAAGCCAAAAGAUCAGUGGGAUUGCGAAUCAGUUAUAAGUACUUACUCAAAUUUGUACAACCAUCCGAAAAUAAUCAAGGAAGAGAGUAAAAAACCACCCCAAAUACGUCUUCAUAAACACACUGGAAUGCCUGUUGGUGUUUUACAAGAACAUUCUAAACACAAUGAAAAAAAUGACAAUAAAAAUGAAUAUACAAUUCAAUUGAGUAAUGUUCGAGAUAAAAAUGAAACAAAUGAAGAAAAAAAGCUUCGUAAGCAAGCUGUAAAGGAGCAUAGAAAGAAUAGAAGAGAAGAAAAGAAAAAGACCAAAUUAGCAUUCAAAAAUGAAUUUAAAAUCCAAGAAAAGGUAGCAAUCAAUACUAAUUCACAAAAAGGAAUCAAACUUUAAUGUAUAAAAAAUUUACAUUAAUAGAAUAUUUUGCCAUAAAUAGAAUUUUUGGCAUAAAUAGA